CAGGAUUGGAGUAACCACAGCUCUCAGAGACUACAGAGCCAGAAGGCACUACACCUCCACAGCAAGCACCCCUCUAUCCACAGCAAGCACCCCUCUUUCCACAGCAAGCACCCCUCUUUCCACAGCAAGCACCGCUCUAUCCACAGCAAUCAUGUCAGUUGACUUCAAUGGCUACUGGAAAAUGCAAAGCAAUGAGAAUUUCGAGGAGUAUCUGAAGGCGCUGGAUGUCAAUGUUGCCCUCAGGAAAAUCGCCACUCUGCUGAAACCAGACAAAGAUAUCACUCAGAACGGGGAGCACAUGGUCAUUAAAACGCUGAGCACUUUCAGGAACUACAUCAUGGAGUUUGAUGUGGGAAAGCAGUUUGAAGAGGAUUUGUCUGGAGUAGAUGAUCGCAAAUGCAUGACAACAGUCAGUUGGGCAGGCGACAAGCUGGAAUGUGUACAGAAAGGUGAAAAGGAAGGACGCGGAUGGACACAGUGGGUGGAAGGAGACGAGUUACAUCUGGAGAUGCGGGUAGGAGGUGUAGCCUGCAAACAAGUUUUUAAGAAGGUUCCUCAGUGACGCCGACUGUAAUAGAGAAACAAUCUCCAUCCUAGGAAACCUGUAGAAAAUCAAUUCUGCUCCCCCUGUGUGUCUGGUUCUUUUUAUCAUGUUAUUAUUAUUAGGCUCAGAUUUUCUGUGAUUUUCUUUUAUAAUAUCAUGUUAGUACUUUAAUAAAAACCUUAACCUGA